UGAGUCUAAUCUCAGUAUCUCACAUUCUCACAUUCUCACUUACAAUUUCAAUAAUUCGAUAUUCCAAAUUGUUCAAUCAAAAUGUAAAAUACGCACAAUUAAUUAACAUUAGUACUUGUUGAUACAACUUUUGCUAUAAAAGUUUAAACGAUUUGAUUGUUCCGAUCUUCGAUUUUUGAUUACAAGUUUUAAAACAAAAUAUGAGCAUAAAAUAUAUCUAAUUAAAAUGAUGUUUGGUGAGCAUUCUAAAAUGCAGUUUAUAGAACAAACAAGAGCUGCAAGAGUAGAAAGAGCAAAUGAUCGUAAACGUGAGCAAUCUGCUAUCCUUGUUCAAUCUUUGGUCAGAGGAUGGCUAGUUCGCAAACGCACUCGAAACUUAAUUCUGCAACAAUUUGAUGAAAUGUUUGAGAAUAUCAAUGAUUUGAAACCCGCUAUUACUGUUUAUUUAUCUGUGAAAAAAUUUUUGACUUAUUGGGAUGAAAAGCGAGAUAGACAAAGAUUUGAAAAACUCUGCAGAUAUAUAAUUCUUAGCCUGGAAUGUGAUGCAAUCAAACGUAGCUACAUAUCUGUAGCUUUGACUAGUGAGCAUGCAGUUAACUGGAUAAGUCAUGUCAAAGAAAUUCUGUCUAUUUGCCUAACUUAUCUUACUAAACUUCAGCCCAAAUCAUUAGACGAUUCUUCUUUUUUACACACCUUACUUCACAUGAUUGUAUCUUUUACAUCAACAUCAAGAUGGUGUGCCAUACAUUCAAAUAUUUCUUUGCAAGGAUUAAAACCUGGAUUAGAGCGUUUAACAGAAAACUUGAUUGCACAUUUAUUGAAUAAAAAUGUGUUUAACACUAUGCAGACAUUGCUAAUAACUGGUUUAUCGGGCAUUAAAAUUUUAUUAAAACCUGUAGCUAUGACAGCUAUAAUGACUAUUUGCUGGAGAUGUUUAGUUCUGAGCAACUUUUCAACAAAUAUAUUCCAACUAUUUGUAAUAAAGAUUUAUUCUAUACCUUUAUUGGUAGAGCAUUUGAUAUCUCUCUCACCUAAAAUCAUUGAAACAUUUAAUUCUGUUAAUCUACUUGAGAAGAUAAUGCAGUUAUUAAAUGAUCAAAAUCAAUGUGAUGAAAUAUUUCACUGCUUACAUCCAAGUUGGUCUUUGUCAUUAAUUGCAAACAUCGUGCAUUUAGCUGAAUUAAGCGCAGAAACAGAUGAAUUUGAAAAUAAUUCUACAUCUGUUUUUAUUGUUGGUUUAACAACAUUUUUGGAUACUAUUAGAGUAAAUGUAGUGAAAAAACAUUCAAACGUAUCUAGCGUUUGGCAUCCCGAACUUGGUUGGUUCACAGCAAAUUCAAAUUGUCAAUGUUCUCCUAAUAUACCACCUUUGAAAAAUCAAUUAAUUCCAUUAUGGUGUGGAACUUUAUGUUCCAAGUUACUUCGGUGUCAUCUAAUUAAUGCUUUAGCACAAAUACCCGAAAAUCAACAAGUACCAUCGCCUCCUCCUAAAACAAAUAACCCAAUAGCAAUAAUCAAAAAGGCAUUUGAUUUGAGACUAUCCAGUACCAGUCAAUCAAGUUAUAAACUUACUGGAAUUCAUGGUACAAAGGUAGUUGCUGCUUGCAACUUAUAUUUUACAUGCCUAAAGACUAUCACGCAGCUUAGACUAGAUAUAAUAACUGGUUUAUGUUAUCAUGAAGACACGUUGUAUUUAUUAUGGAGGUUCUUGGCAUUUUUAGAUUCUCAUUGUGGUCUUAAGAAUCUAUUGGAUAUUUUAGAAUGUGAUAAAAAUUGCAAUUCAGGAGAAUUGCGCAUGUUACAACUAUUCUGUGAUAGUAUGUCACAUUACAUAACUAUUCUUGAUGAUAUAGAAAUGUAUGAGCAACAAAAACCAUUUGUGAUGCGUGACUACAUUUUAAUGUCUAGUUUUCUGAACAUAUUUCUUUAUAAAGGAAUAUCUCAGAAUUUAUUUGAUAUUCAAGAUACAGCUUCUUCAUCAUAUAGCUUGUUUCGAUCUUGUCGCACUCUUUUAAUGGUACUUUAUCGCAGGGAUUGUCGUAGAUCAUUUGCACCUACAGGACACUGGCUGAUUGGUGAUCUUAAAACUUCUUCAUUUUUUAAUGAACUUAAAAAGGGUCGUAAAAUAUACUCGAUUUUAAUUCAAGAAAUCCCUCAUAUAGUUUCUCAUGAAACACGUGUUAGAUUAUUUAGAAAAUAUGUUUCUCGUGAAAAGUUUGCUUUGGGUGUACAUGAAUUACAUGAUAAUGAAAAUUUUAUGCCACCAAUAAUUACAAUACGGAGGAAUCGAAUAAUUGAAGAUGGUUAUACAUAUGUCUCUGAAUUGUCACUAAAACGUUUCAAAGGUGUAAUUAGAGUAAAAUUCAUAAAUGAACAGGGAUUAGAUGAAGCAGGAAUUGAUCAAGAUGGUGUAUUUAAAGAAUUUCUUGAAGAAACAAUAAAAAGGGUAUUUGAUCCAUCAUUAAAUUUAUUUCGUACUACAGAUGAACAAAGGUUGUAUCCAUCGCCUUCGUCUCAUAUUCAAGAAAACCAUCUGAACUUAUUUGAAUUUGUUGGUCGCAUUUUGGGUAAAGCUGUUUAUGAGGGUAUUGUUGUUGACGUUCCAUUUGCAUCAUUCUUUUUAAGUCAAUUAUUAGGACAAACUCAAGAACUACUAUAUAGUUCAAUGGAUGAGUUGCCCUCAUUAGACAAUGAAUUGUAUAGAAAUUUAACAUCUGUCAAACAUCAUGAGGGCGAUGUUUCAGAUUUAGAUUUGACUUUUUCAGUAGUUGAUAAUCACCUUGGUGAAUUAACUACUCAUGAUCUUAUACCUGGUGGAAGAGUCAUAUCAGUUACUAAUCAAAACAAGAUUAAUUAUGUGCAUUUAAUGGCACAUUAUGUAAUGCAUACUCAGAUCAAAGCACAAACAGCAGCUUUUAUCAAAGGGUUUAAAUAUGUAAUAAAUCCUGAAUGGUUAUCAUUAUUUUCUACUCCAGAACUUCAAAAACUGAUAUCUGGAGACAACGCUCCUAUUGAUUUGCUUGAUCUUAGAAGAACCACACAAUAUUAUGGAGGAUUUCAUGACUCUCAUCGUGUGAUUCUGUGGUUGUGGGAAGUUCUUCAAAAAGACUUCACAGAAAAGGAAAGAUCACUUUUCCUGAAAUUUGUAACAAGUUGUUCAAAACCACCUUUACUUGGAUUUGCAUACUUGGAACCACCAUUUUCCAUAAGAUGUGUUCAAGUAGCAGACGAUGAAGAUUUUGGUGACACACUUGUUAGUGUUAUUCGAGGAUUCUUCACUAUUCGUAAAAAAGACCCAAACCUUAGACUGCCUUCAGCGUCUACGUGUUUCAACUUGCUCAAGCUUCCAAACUAUCAGAAAAAAAGUAUUCUUAGAGACAAACUUAGGUAUGCAAUUUCAUCAAAUACUGGAUUUGAACUGUCAUGAAUUUUGUUAGUCCAACAGAAUAUUUUCAUGAUAAAUAAAUUGAGUUAUAUAAUUGCUGUUGUGUGUACGUUUAUGAAACUAAGAUGUACGAAUUAUAAUUAUCUUAUGUGAUGUAUUUAUUUAAUUAAUCUAUUUAUAGAUAUUUUUAAUUGUAGUAAUGUAAGGACUGAAAAUUAUCAUUAAAUCUUAUGUGGUGGAAUUAUUGUUUUCCAAGUUAUCAUUCCAAAUAAUGAAAUAAUUAUUAACACAGUUAAUAUUUGGCUGAUUUACAUAGAUCAUAAUAAAAUAAAUUAUAUUCAAGAACAUGCAAGCAUAUUAAAAUGUAAAUUACUUUCACAUAAAGUUAAUUUUAAUUUGCUGACUAGAUAUAACAUUAUGAUUUAUAUGAUGUUUUAAAUUUCUGUUUUUUUUUUCACAUAGACCACUCUAGAAGUAUAAAAUUUUUCAAUAUUUGUUAUUUCUAUUCCAUAUCAUUUUGAUUUUAGUAUAUUAUAAUUUUUGUUUAUAAUUUUGUUGUACAUUAACUUACAUAAAUAAAAUUAUAUUUUGUGAUAAUUGUUUUAUUUUUCAUAAGACAAUAUUUUAUUAUUUAAUACAUUUAUUUGAUAUAUAUAUAAUUUUUUUUUAUUAUUUAAUUAUCAAUCAUAUUUGUCUUAUCUGAAUAUAUUAAAUGUACUUAAAAAUUGAGACUGAUCAUAUUAUGAUGUUUUGCUGUUGAAAAUUAUUAAUAAUAAACAUUUAAUUUAUAUUUGUUUUUAAUUUUGUAAUAAACCAUUAAACAUAGCUAUUAUUUUAAAGCAUACAACUAUUAUUUACUUAUAAGUUAAAACAAACAAAUAAUAAUAUAUAUACCUAUUUCUAUUUUUGUUUUUCAUACAUUUAUCAUGUAAGUUGUUUUUAUAAAUAUUUUAUUGUCUUUUUUUUUACCAAAUAAUUUAAUAUUAUUGCAUUAAUAAUAAUUUAAGUAUUUAUGUACUUCAUUAAUACAAAUAUAUUAUAUCAUUUUCUGAUAGUUUCUCAAAUUAUGUUAUUCUGUAAACAUACUGUUGUUAAAAUUAAUAACUUCAAAAUUAUAUAUCGAAAUUAAAAAGUAAAUACAAUAAUGUAACCUUAUUAUUAAUCACAUGUAUCGUAUAUUGCUAUAUAUAUUAUAAUAAUACUCCAGUAGGUACUUAUAAUACCUAAUAUGUAAAUGUAAUGUGUUUAGACGUAAUGCAAAUAACAAUUUAAUAUUUGAGUGGAUGUUUUUUAUGAACAAUACAAAGGUACAAUUUAUAUAAUAAUAAUAAUAAUAUAUAUAUGUGUAUUUUGUAUGUGUAUGUAUGUUUGUAUACAUGUUUAACUACACAUAUCAUAAUUAAUAUAGUAUGUACUUGUGAGUAUAUUAUAAUUUACUUUAUCUGCAAUGUAUAUUUUUUAAAUUAUAAAAUUGCUUGAAUAAAAUAUUAUAUCAUUGAAAAACU